GGCAAAACAGUGGAAAGAGAAGGAAAUAAUCUUUAAAAUCUCUUCAUUUUUCUUUUUUUUUUCUUUUUUUAAAAAUAAAAAAAAUAAUCAAGAAAAGGGCAUGGGAAUGAAGAAAUGGAGGCAGCAAAUGUUGGUGGUGAUUGUGGUGUUAUUAUCAUCUCUGGUUUGUUCAUCAGUGAGAGGCAGUGUUUCAUAUGAUGGAAGAACUUUUGUGAUCAAUGGCAAGAGAAGGAUUCUCAUUUCUGGUUCCAUUCACUACCCAAGAAGCACUCCUGAGAUGUGGCCUGAUCUUAUACAAAAGGCUAAAGAUGGAGGAUUGGAUGUUAUACAGACUUAUGUGUUUUGGAAUGGGCAUGAACCUUCUCCUGGCAAGUAUAAUUUUGAAGGGAGAUAUGAUUUGGUAAAGUUCAUAAAGGUGGUGCAUGAAGCAGGGCUUUUUGUUCAUCUACGCAUUGGGCCCUACAUAUGUGCAGAAUGGAAUUUUGGAGGAAUUCCUGUUUGGCUAAAAUAUGUGCCUGGCAUGGAAUUUAGAACUAACAAUCAGCCUUUCAAGGUUGCUAUGGAAGGAUUUGUUAGGAAAAUUGUGGGCAUGAUGAAAUCAGAAAAGAUGUUUGAAUCACAGGGUGGACCAAUAAUCAUGAGUCAGAUCGAAAACGAGUACGGGCCAGUGGAGUGGGAAACGGGCGGUCCGGGCAAGUCGUAUGCAAAAUGGGCAGCCCAGAUGGCUGUCGGGCUCGGGACCGGAGUUCCGUGGGUCAUGUGCAAGCAAGAGGAUGCUCCAGACCCUAUAGUAAGUAGUGGGCUGGUAACAGCUAUAUCUGAUAUGUUGUUGCCUUCUCCCAAUUGCUUAAAUGACUUGUUGGAAACUUAGGUGUGCCUUCAUUUAUUGUGCAAAGAAAAUUUGGUGUUUUGCUUCUAAAAGUACAUUUUCCCAGUUGGAAUGGGCAUUAAAUAGUGUCAAGGCUG